AUGAGGCCUCAGCUACGCUUGCAUAUAGAGGAAAAUAUUAUGGACCAAGAGGAACAGUCAAACAACAUCAGAAGGGAAGAACCAGAUCACCUCCAUCAAAGAAUAAAGCACCGUGCGGCAAAUGUAGGAGGACUAACCAUACCGUGGACGCAUGCUGGGAAAUCCAUGGAUAUCCUCCCAACCACAAGCUCCACAAACCGUCAUUUUGUUCUAAGGAUUACAAGGCUUCCUGUGAAAUAUGACAAUGAGUUGGAGAUGAUUGGAAGGAAAUUGAAAAAGAACAGUGUAGCUCUUGAUAUUGUUAACUUUGGUGAGGAAGAUGAGAGAAAGCCCAAGAAGCUUGAGGCACCGGUUGUUGCUGUGAAUAAUAAUGAUAGAAGUCAUGUUAUGCAUGUUCCUCCUGGUCCAAGUGCUCUUUUUGAUAUGCUUAUCAGAAAGUUCCACAGAGAAUUUUAUCUGGGUAUUGCUUUGUUUUGGUGGGAAAAUGGGAAGUUCAGAAAAAGAGUUGUUGUUGUGAUCAUGGUGGGUGGACCCUCAAAAGAUAAAUGGACUAACAAACAUACACAGCUUGGUGAGGUUAAGAAUAAAUUUCAACAAAUUCAAGAAGCCUAUUCAGAUCAGAGCAAGAGGACAAUGCCAUAUGAUCCUGACGACGAGGAAGUCGAAGGACAUACAAUGUUGAGGAGCUACAAAAUGUGUUUUGAGAUAGGGCUCGAGGAUUUGAGAUUCCUGAAUGGACAACUCAACAAUCCAAGUAUGGGUGGCAAUGUUUUGGUGAUCUUUUUGAUUGCUUUUCUAGGGUUCCUAUUUGUGCCUAAUGCUUAA